GUCUAUGACUCUGAUCUAAGGAAGAAGAAAGGACGCUAUUCUGGAUAGACUUUUUCGAAAUCUUCCGAUGAAAUACAGGGGGAUUUUCCGAAAAGAAACUAUAAGCAACACGUCCUUUAACAAAAGAACUUUCCCUAUAUGACCUGGAGCCUAUGCAGUAGCAGUCCUGCACAGUCUACGUACAAAUAAUAAUAUGGUAGUCGUGUAACUCUCCCUUUUUUAAAAUUAUUUCUGUUAGGCUCCAUGCAGUGCCGCUAGCCUGGCGUAUUAUAUUUUUCCCGUUAUUUUUAAGAGAAUCAUUCGUCUUUUGAUAGAAUGUCACUACGAGCCCUUGGUCAAAGAAAGCUGGGUGAACAGGGGUUUUUUUUCUUCCCCGGAAAGUACAGACGGUUGGGCGCAAGGAAAGAGUCCUUGAAUCAGCACGAAAAUGCUUUGUGAACCAACGCCGUCACACUGAAGUAAUCGAAUUGAAAGAAUAGAAACACGAGGAAAAGUUAACUUCACACGUCUUCAACUCACUUUCAUUUUUUCUUCUUCAUUGAUGAUGACUUAGGUCUUCGAAAUUAUUAGAAUCACACCUUGUGGACGACGUAUAAAAGUGGAGGCUACCAAAUUUCAAAGCACAGUUGGAAGUUGUUCUCUGUGUUGGCUGGUAAACUGAUUCAGCAUGCCCAAGGUUAUCGUAAAUAUCAUGAAAUGUUUUCUAUUAUUCGGAUUGGUGCUAAUCCAUGGCACUGAAGCAACUAAAGGAAAAGGAAGAGGCGGAAGUUACGGUGGAGGUAUGAGCUACGGCGGCGGAGGACAAGGAGGUGGAGGUUACGGCGGCGGUGGGCAUGGAGGCGGCGGUGGAGGAUAUGGUGCUGCACCUCCCCCACAAAUAAUUUAUAUCCCUGCACCUCAGCCUAUCAUUGUACCGGCUCCUCAACCAAUGGCUCAUCACCAACCAGCACCUAGGCCUGCACCUUCUUACGGUGGGCCAAGUGGAGGUCAUGGAGGGGGUGGUUAUGGCGGAGGUCAGAUGGGAGGUGGUUCCUACGGAGGAUCAGCAGGAGGUGGACAUAGAGGUCCCCAAUCUAGCGGUUACGGAGGCUCUUCAGCAGCUGCACCUGUCCACGUACAUGUUCACGCUCCUGCUCCGGUCGUUGCACCAGUUCAUCACGCGGCUCCGAUGCCUUCUUAUGGUGGGGGUAGUCACGGAGGACAAGCUGGUGGCUACGGAGGAGCUGUAGGAGGUGGACAUGGGAGUAGUCAGUCCUCUGGCUAUGGAGGAUCGAUUGGUGGUGGACACGGAGGCCAUGGAGGACCGGCAGGAGGUGGACAUGGAGGCCCAUCAGGAGGAGGUUAUGCUCCGGGUCCAGUCGCUCCACCACCUUAUCAGGCCCCAAUGCCUUCUUACGGAGGUUCUGUAGGAGGAGGUCACGGCGGACAAGCGAGUGGCUAUGGAGGUGCAACAGGAGCAGGGCACGGUGGACAAGCUGAAGGAUACGGAGGCUCUGCAGGAGGAGGUCAUGGAGCUGGUGGUUACGGUGGAUCAGUCGGAGGUGGUUAUCCUUCUGCCCCGGUAGCCCCACCUCAUCAGCCGGCUCCAAUCGCCUCUUACGGCCCUCCACCCCAAUCCGCUGGAGGAUACUAGAUCAUUUUCAUCCAUCCUAUUGCUCCAAUUUCAAAAUCCAUUUCGAACGUUUUCCUACCAAAGCGGCCGUUCAACUCUUUUGUAAACGCCGUAUAAAUAUUUUGCGUUGUUUGUAAUAAACGGUUACUUCAGUAUUCUUA